AAAGCGCAGAUCCGCGGCGCAGGCUAGAUCAGGAGCGGUGGGACCCGGAACUGCGGGGUCUGAGAAUUGCGGCCGGGACCCGAGGAGGACAGUUUGGCGUGAAGCGGGCAGUUGACGAGGCCACGGGCCUGGGGCGACUGCGCCAUGUUCUGCGACAGGGCCAUUGAGCUGGUCCGCGAGCUGCACCGGGCGCCCGAAGGGCAGCUGCUGGCCUUCAAUGAGGAUGGACUCAGGCAAGUUCUGGAGGAGAUGAAAGGUUUAUAUGAACAAAACCAGUCUGAUGUGAAUGAAGCGAAGUCAGGUGGACGAACUGAUUUGAUACCAACCAUCAAAUUUCGACACUGUUCUUUGCUAAGAAAUCGACGCUGCACUGUAGCAUACUUGUAUGACCGAUUGCUUCGGAUUAGAGCACUUAGGUGGGAAUAUGGAAGUGUUCUGCCAAAUGUUUUACGAUUUCACAUGUCUGCGGAAGAAGUUGAAUGGUUCAAUCAUUAUAAAAAGUCUCUUGCUACUUAUAUGAGGUCAUUGGGCGGAGAUGAAGGUUUAGAUAUUACACAGGAUAUGAAACCUCCCAAAAGUUUAUAUAUUGAAGUGCGAUGUCUAAAAGACUAUGGAGAAUUUGAAGUUGAUGAUGGUACUUCAGUCCUAUUAAAAAAAAAUAGCCAGCACUUUCUGCCUCGAUGGAAGUGUGAGCCGCUGAUUAGACAAGGUGUUCUGGAGCACGUCCUGUGGUGACUUCCUUCUGUGGAACGAGGCUGUACCCAGGCACAGACCUUACACACUUCCUUCUCCCUUCCCUUAUGCCCACCCAUCUCUUGUUCUAAAGGUUACAGACACUCUUUAAUAUAACCAGGAAUACUCAGCUGAGAAUGGUUUGUUUUUAUAUUGUAUAGGAUUCUUUUUUGUAAUCUGCAUCUAUAAUUAUAACAUUCCUACAGUUACAA